UGCGACGGAAAUCUGCCGCAAAGCUGCCCGCGGGGAGCGAAGGGUCAGUCGUUUGUUUUCCGCUGGCCGCUUGUCUCCCGCGGCUGUCAUGAUGGACGUCAUGGAGUUGCCCAGGCCGCGCAUCAACGCCAGCAUGCUAGCUCGGUUCAUCGACAAGCCGGUCUGCUUCGUAGGGAAGCUGGAGCAGAUUCAUCCCAGUGGAAAAAUGUUUAUUCUUUCAGAUGGAGAAGGAAAAAAUGCAACCAUUGAGUUGAUGGAACCGCUUGAUGGAGAAAUCUCUGGAAUUGUGGAAGUAGUUGGAAAAGUAACGGCCAAAGCAACCAUUAUGUGUGCCUCCUAUAUCCAGUUUAAAGAAGAUAGCCAUCCUUUUGAUCUUGAACUUUACAAUGAAGCUGUGAAAAUUAUCCUUGAUUUUCAUCAGUUUUUUCCUUGGGGUGUGUAAUUGGAUUGAUCUUGAUGAAAUAUUUAUGACUGCAAAUAAAACUACAGUGAAGACUAUUAAAGGAAGCCCCUGUGAUCUCCAACAUCUAAUUUCUUCAAUUUAAUUCCAUACUUAAUAUUAGAUAUUCUAAUAUGCUAUUUUUGUUAGAACUGGUAUAUUGCCAGUUCUUACCUAAGCCCUCAUGAAGAGAAGAAAUUUUUACUUCUCCAUCAUAUGGCCAAAUAAGAUGCAGGAACAAAGCAAUUUCCUGAGUUUAGUUUUUUAUUAAUAAAAGUUAAACUGGUCUACACUUUUGCCUAUUUCAUUCUUAUUCUU